CUUGCUCCCUUCGAUAAAAGAGAACCCUUUUGUAGUACUGUUGAUGUUUCAUCAUUUCUAGUCUUUUAAUUUCCUUCAUAAUCUGCAAGCUUCUUCAGCAAACGAAACAGAGUACUCUGUUUGAAGUUUGAAACUUUAACCUUAACAUUAACAUACCUAACGCCACUUGAAUUCCACCUCUUCUUUUAACUACCUUAAUUUACCCGAAUGGUGAGUUUCUUUGAAGAAAGAGCAAAGAAUAUGGCUGCCACUCAAAAUGUGAUCACUGAUCCGAAAUCAGUCCUCAACAUGGCAAUCACCGUGACCGUAUCGGCGCAAAAGCUACCGGCACCUCUCGGAUAUAUCUCCAUUUCCAGGAAGAAGUUGCUGCAGAACCUUGAAAUCAGUGCUGAGACAAGAGUUAAUGCAUGGGUUGACUCCAUGAGAGCUUCUUCUCCUACUCAUAUCAAAUCAACACCUUCCCUUGCCGAUGACCAAGCUUCUUGGAAUCUACACCAUCCAUCUGCCCUUGAGAUGUUUGAGCAGAUAAUCGAUGCGUCGAAAGGGAAACAAAUAGUAAUGUUUCUUGACUACGACGGCACUCUUUCACCGAUUGUCGAAGAUCCGGAUCGAGCUUUCAUGUCAAAGAAGAUGAGAAAGACUGUAAGAAAGCUUGCCAAGUGUUUUCCUACCGCUAUAGUGAGUGGCAGAUGCAGAGACAAGGUGUAUAAAUUUGUCAAAUUAGCUGAGCUUUACUAUGCUGGAAGUCAUGGUAUGGACAUUAAAGCUCCAGAGAUACGUUCCAAAUCUAACAGAGUAAGUGAACCACAAUUUAGAGUUACAGAUAUCGAGAUUCGAACAAAUAACCGAAUUAACCCCUUCGUUCUCGUUAGUAUUUUUACUAACUCUUCUUUUACACUUCAGGAUAAUGAACCUCUUCUCUUCCAACCGGCUAGUGAAUUCCUUCCCAUGAUAGAUGAGGUUUACAGACAACUGGUUGACACAACAAAAUCAACUCCAGGAGCUAAAGUCGAGAACAACAAGUUUUGUGUUUCGGUACACUUCCGCUGCGUCAACGAAAAGAGAUGGAGUGAACUGGCGCAGCAGGUUAGAUCAGUUUUGAAGGAAUACCCCAAACUCCGGUUAACUCAAGGCAGAAAGGUUCUAGAAAUUCGUCCUACUAUUAAAUGGGACAAAGGGAAAGCCCUUGAAUUCUUGUUAGAAUCCCUUGGAUACGCUAACUGUAGCGACGUUUUUCCAGUCUAUAUUGGAGAUGAUCGAACGGAUGAAGAUGCAUUUAAGAUAUUGAGAGAUAGAGGACAAGGUUUUGGCAUUCUUGUCUCCAAGUUUCCUAAGGAAACAAGUGCAUCAUAUUCAUUACAAGAACCCGGCGAGGUGAUGGAUUUUUUACGGCGCUUGGUUGAAUGGAAACAGUUAGCUUUACAAGCACAAUCCAGAAUGUAAAAGACAAGAAGAUAUGGGGACAAAAUAUACUUGUCCAAUAGCUUAAGAAGGAACUGUAAAAGGGCGGGGAUUAGAUUCUGUAGUAAAAUUCUUGUUCAAGAUAAUUAAGGAAAUAAAGAACAAGAAGGGAGAAACAUAUGAUUAUACGAA